UGGUGUGACUCAAAAUGUGGAGCCUUGUGCGAGGUGAGAGAAUGAGGGCGGACUUGGUGAGGCGGCUGUGGCAGCGUUGCAGAGGGCAGAUGCUCUAAUUGUGGGAGGGAAUGAUGUGAUGUGUGAUGCGGUAGAUGUUGACGACAAAGAGUAGAGGAAUGGUGUCAAUCCCUUCAUCUAGUGCGGAGGAGUAGAAUCUUGGAGAUGGUGAUCUCUGUGCAGCAGGGCGGGACGAGGAGGAGGAGGUUCAACAUAUACAAAUGGGUCGAGUUGGUCGUGGACUGGGAGUUUGCCUGGUCCUUGCAGCAGCAAGUGCUGGGGGGGUCUGCAGAUGGCUUUUUCCCUCGAAGCCAAGCCGUUUCGGGGAUGGCGCGCCUCUGUGGAGCAGCGUCAGGCAGGCAGUCUGAGGGUGGGCUGCGGGCUGCUGGUUGCUGGCUGCUGGCUGCUGGUUCGAGCCUGGUGGUGCUGGUGGUGUGGCAGCAGCAGAAUUUCUGGCUGGCUUGGCUGGCUGGCGGGGGUGGGCAGGUGGAGCGGAUUUGAGCAGACCCUUUUAGGCUUGGUCCAUUUGCACGCUUGCGCUGCUGCAACUCUCGACGGAAACACCGCUGCUUUGGCGCUGCACACCCUGCUGCCGCCGCUGCACUCGCCGCUCCACUUCUUGUCAAUGGCUUCAAGCAGCGAGCCGGCGGGCGGGCUUACGGCGGCGACGUGGGAUGUGUUUGGGAGAGGACAGGAUGCGGUUAGGGCCAGCGAGGCCCGCAUUGGCGUCACCUGCACUGGCAGGGCUCUGCAGAGUGCAUGCAGCAUUUUCCUACAGGGACUCACCGGCCGGGGUGCCUUCUGCUGGCCGCCCUUUGCUGCGCUGCUGGUCUCUGUUGCUGGUCUCUGCUGCUGGUCUCUGCUCGCUCUCACAGGAAUGCUGGAGGGAGUGAGGGAGUGGGGAAGGGCGCUCUCUGUCUGUUCUCUGUUCUCUGCUCUCGGCGUCGCACUGUCGCAGAUUCGCCCCUGCAACACCACCCCGUCAGGCCAGGUCAGGAUGCCAAAUUUGCACAGGGAACAACACCUCCAGCCUGCUUGGAUUGGGGCCAUGGGGCAGUCGGCGGUCGUCAUUGUCUGGGGGUUGCUCACGCACGAUUCCCAUCAACCUGGCCGGAGUGUGCAAUUGCACCAGGCCCACCUCACCAGCCCUCCUUUUUGCACUCACGUGCAGUCCUCCGUUGUAGCAGCAGCUUGCUCAGGGCCAAAGAAACUCUCUGCAGGCUCGGUAAGACAGCAAGCCGCCACUCCAGCGCAGCAGGGCAAGCAGGGCACCCCAUUUGCAGGCGAUGCAAUGUAAAUAGCAGCAAUUGCCGUACCCUAUCUUGG